AUGGCAACAACGAUAGAUGCGCGACGUGUGUCAACACGUCUAGACGACAACUUGUCCCCGUCGGCUUCACAUGGUGUGGGGAGCGGGCGAAGGGCUAGCGGCAGUAGACAAAGCAGGUGGGAUUUAAAAAUGAUUUCUUUGGCAAAAAAUUUUUUCAAAAUGUCAAAAUUACAAAACGCCAAAAAAUUUUCAAAAUGCCAAAAAAAUAUCAAAACGCCAAAAAUAUUUCAUAACGCCAAAAAAUUUUUUAAAACGACAAAGGUUUCAAAAUGUCAAAAAAAUUUCAAAAUGUCGAAAAUAUCAAAACGCCAACAAAAAUUACAUAACGCCAAAAAAUUUUUUCACAACGCCAAACUCCUUUUUUUACAAAUCUCAAGUCAAAAGACACGUCAUGCCUUCUUGUUCCCUCUACUAAUUUUAGUUUUACCGCUAAACAUGCGCAUUUUUUACCCUUUUAAUCCUUUCCAUUUUCCCAACAAGCGCAAAUACAUUUUUUUCUUUUUUCUUCAAUUAUUUUUAGGCAUUUUACGAACAUUUCUUUUUACUUCAAUUCCUCUAUUUUUGUUUUUCCCCACUCAACAUUUAGUAGAAAAUCGUCCACAAGGGCACGCGGUUUAG